CGUCACGUGGGCAGAGAAUGUUCUGGAAAGUGGCCGGAUAUAAAAGGGGCGCGCAGUGCGGCGUGCGGCCUCACACUCGCGUCCGCCAUCAACCGACAGGCCGCGCCGCCCUCUGCCUGCCCCGAAGAACCCUCGACUAAAAGAAAGGAAAAAAAUAAACAUAAAAAUAAAGCAAACAUGUCGAAGGGACCGGCAGUAGGGAUCGACCUUGGCACCACCUACUCGUGCGUGGGAGUGUUCCAGCAUGGGAAGGUGGAGAUCAUCGCCAAUGACCAGGGGAACCGCACCACGCCCUCCUACGUGGCCUUCAAUGACUCGGAGCGCCUCAUCGGUGAUGCAGCCAAGAACCAGGUUGCCAUGAACCCCACCAACACCGUCUUCGAUGCCAAGCGCCUGAUUGGGCGCCGCUUUGACGACCCUGUGGUGCACGCCGACAUGAAGCACUGGCCAUUCACGGUGGUGAGCGACGGUGGGCGACCCAAGGUGCAGGUCGAGUACAAGGGCGAAAACAAGACCUUCUACCCAGAGGAAGUCUCCUCCAUGGUGCUCACCAAGAUGAAGGAGAUUGCAGAGGCCUACCUGGGAAAGACUGUAACAAAUGCUGUGGUGACUGUACCGGCCUAUUUCAACGACUCACAGCGGCAAGCCACCAAAGAUGCCGGCACCAUUGCAGGGCUGAAUGUGCUGCGUAUUAUUAAUGAGCCAACAGCAGCAGCCAUUGCCUAUGGCCUUGACAAGAAGGUACAAAAGGUUGGCGGCGAGCGAAAUGUCCUCAUUUUCGACCUGGGCGGCGGCACAUUCGACGUGUCCAUCCUGACCAUCGAGGACGGCAUUUUUGAGGUGAAGUCAACGGCGGGCGACACUCAUCUGGGUGGCGAGGACUUUGACAACCGCAUGGUGAACCACUUCAUCCAGGAGUUCAAGCGCAAGCACAAGAAGGACAUCAGCGACAACAAGCGCGCCGUGCGUCGCCUGCGCACUGCCUGUGAGAGGGCAAAGCGCACCCUCUCCUCGUCCACUCAGGCGAGCAUUGAGAUCGACUCCCUGUACGAGGGCAUCGACUUCUACACGUCCAUCACGCGUGCUCGCUUUGAGGAGCUGAACGCCGACCUGUUCCGUGGCACCCUCGAACCCGUGGAGAAGUCUCUGCGUGACGCCAAGCUCGACAAGGCCCAGAUCCAUGACAUCGUCCUGGUCGGUGGCUCCACGCGUAUCCCCAAGAUCCAGAAGCUGCUGCAAGACUUCUUCAACGGCAAAGAGCUGAACAAGAGCAUUAACCCUGACGAGGCUGUUGCCUAUGGAGCUGCUGUGCAGGCUGCCAUCCUCUGCGGAGACAAGUCUGAGAACGUCCAGGACCUGCUGCUGCUUGACGUCACCCCGCUGUCCCUGGGCAUUGAGACUGCUGGUGGAGUGAUGACUGCUCUCAUCAAGCGCAACACCACCAUCCCCACCAAGCAGACGCAGACGUUCACCACCUACUCUGACAACCAGCCCGGUGUGCUCAUUCAGGUGUAUGAGGGUGAGCGUGCCAUGACCAAGGAUAACAACUUGCUGGGCAAGUUCGAGCUGACGGGCAUCCCUCCUGCACCCCGUGGAGUCCCUCAGAUUGAAGUAACCUUUGACAUCGAUGCCAAUGGCAUCCUCAAUGUGUCUGCUGUGGACAAGAGCACUGGCAAGGAGAACAAGAUCACCAUCACCAAUGACAAGGGUCGUCUGAGCAAGGAGGACAUCGAGCGCAUGGUCCAGGAGGCCGAGCGCUACAAACAGGAGGAUGAGAGCCAGCGCGACAAGAUCUCUGUGAAGAACGGCCUCGAGUCCUACGCCUUCAACCUCAAAUCCACCGUUGAGGACGAGAAGCUGCAGGGCAAAAUCAGCGACGAAGACAAGAAGAAGAUCCAGGACAAGUGCAAAGACGUGCUGGACUGGCUGGACAAGAACCAGACUGCUGAAAAGGAGGAGUUUGAACACCAACAGAAGGAGCUGGAGAAAAUCUGCAACCCGAUCAUCACGAAGCUUUACCAGGGUGCGGGUGGAAUGCCUGGGGGAAUGCCCGGUGGCUUUCCUGGAGCUGGUGCUGCCCCGAGUGGUGGUGGCGGUUCUUCAUCCGGCCCCACCAUUGAGGAGGUGGAUUAAAUACGGCCAGUAAACCAGAUGCAAUCCUUAAGUUAACACCAUGGCUAGACAAGCAAAUCAAGCAGGACCUUGUACAAUUGUUCUUCCCAAUACCUUUUGUACUUUGCCAUUGCCCACAAUUUAUCUUAAAAUAAUUGUCACGGUUUGACCCUGUUCAUAUUGUAAUUGCAAGUUUACAGAUUUAAUGUACUGUGGGAUCCUUGCAUGUCCAUCUGGUUUCCCAGUCGUUCUUCAGCAAGGUGUUCCAAGUCUGAAAGUUUUGGGAAUUUGGCUCGAGUUUUAAACUUGAUGUACAAUUUUAGUUGUAACCAACAAAAUUGUUAACGAAUAUUUGCAGUAACCAUGGCCAAUAAACUACUAGCAUCUGGUGCUGUGAAGCGCUUAUGAGGACCAGCACAUGCAUAUGAGCACUGUUGUAUGUGAACACUGUUUUGAAUGUCUAGUCCUUAAAUAAAGCAACCAACAAUG